GCUGCACUUGUUCUGUUAGCAGUUUGCAGCGGCCAUUUCAAAGAGAACAUCACAAAGACAAGAGAGAAAUCAGAGGAGCACCUGUUCCCACAAUGCUGGCACCCUGCCUUCUGAGAAGAGUGAUCCUUACAGUUCCUUUAGUUCUUGUGGUUGCACUGCUUCUGGCAGAGCCUGCUAGACCUGACCAAGAAGGGGGAACAGCCAUACCAGCUGAAAGCCGUCCCUGUGUCGAUUGCCAUGCAUUUGAGUUCAUGCAGAGGGCUCUGCAGGAUUUAAAGAAGACAGCAUAUAACCUAGACACACGGACAGAAACUCUGCUUCUUCAGGUGGAAAAAAGAAAUCUGUGCGACUGUGUAACUGCAAAUCUGCUGAACUGAAUCCUGGAGGUCAGCUGAGGAGUGUCACCUGCUCAGCCAUUUUUAAAAAGCAGCUGUAUAAAAUACAGCUUUUUGGAGUUGAUGUUGCAAGCAUGUGUGCCCCAAUGCACUGAGGAAAUUGGGGGGUUGUGUCAUAUAUUUGUCUGUUCUAUUUUUUGGUUUGUUUCAUUUUUAAACAGUACCCUCUUUUCAUGUCCACUGCCAGUAAGGGCUCAGUCUGGUAAAACUGUUAGUUGGUAUUAAAGUGGGGGAAAAAUUUACCUGCUGUGGUUUUUAAAUCAGAAUUGGCCAUGUGUAACCCACAAGAUAAAUCUGGCCAGCAGUGGUGUAUAGAAAUUUGCAGCUGUUUUUUGUCUCUAAUAUGAAGGUAUCUCUGUGGCAACUUGCCCAGUUAUAUUGAGACAGGGAAUUGUGAUCUCUGGAAGCUUUGCCUGUGUAUUAAAGAUGAUUUAAAUCCUUUCUGUUUAUUGUCUGCAUUGUGACUGCAUUCAGACAUGCAGCUCUGUCAGCUGUAAUGAGGUAUGCACCAUGAGGAGGUAUAUGCCCCAUACUUAGGCCAAAUCAGAUUUUAUCUUAAUUAUGAGUUUUCUGGAAUUCUUCUAAGAGUCUUGUCUUUAAUUAAAACCUUCAGUUUCUUCCUC